GCAGCUCGGGUGACGCUCCAGAGAAAGAAACACGUUGAGCUUAAGUUGUCAAUCAAAACCGGCACCGACCGCCGCGACAGUCCACGCCAGGUGUAUUUGGUCAUGAUAUGUGUUAGCAGCAUGAACGUGGCGGCGCUGGCUCGUUGUUCAGUGUGAUCCGGAGCUGCAGGAGGAUAUGCUGGUUGUUAAUCUGCCAGAUCUCAGUCAGGAAGGAAGGAAGCACUGCAAACCUGCAGACCUGAGUCAAUCCGUUUUUAUUUAACUGCCUUUUCACUUGCGUUUCUUUCUUUCUUUCUUUCUUUUUUUUUGGAAAUGAGAACGACAUUAUUCCUGCUGCACGCCAUCUCAUGCUGCUGGUUGGUCAGUGCAACACUUUCCAAAACUGAUGCAAAGAAGUCGCAUAAAGCUGAGGCCGAGACAUCUCCAGCUGAGUUGUCUGUGUUGGAGAGAGGCCUUGUUGUGUCAGACCCACACUGGAAAGAUAUAGUGAAGGAGGAAAAGAGACACUGUGCUCACAUCAAGAGAACAUUUCAAGGACAAGUGCUCGGAUAUGUCACACCUUGGAAUUCACACGGCUACGACAUCGCCAAGAUGUUCGGUCCUAAACUAGGUUCAGUGUCUCCAGUGUGGCUUCAGCUCCGCCGACGGGGACCUGAAACCUUUGACGUUACUGGACUCCACGAUCAUGAUCCAGGCUGGGUCAAAGCUGUGCGCAAGUCUAACAAGAAAAUCAGGAUGGUGCCUCGUCUCUUAUUUGAUGGCUGGUCGUACCAGGACUAUGUUAGCGUGCUGGGGAGUGAAGAUGAAAUUGAAGAGCUUGGAAGUGAGCUGGUGGAUGUUGCAAAGACUGAAGGUUUCGAUGGUUUCACCUUGGAGCUGUGGAGCCAGCUGGGAGGUAACAAAAGAAAGGAGCUGGUCCAUUUGGUGAAACACAUUUGUGAGACUUUGAAGGCCAAAAGAUUAGACUGCAUUCUUGUGAUUCCACCUGCUGUGACCAGUGCAGGACAGCCAGGUAUGUUUGGUCGAGAAGAGUUUGAGCAGUUGGCCCCAGUAGUGGAUGGAUUCAGCCUCAUGACAUACGACUACUCCAGCGGUGCCAGACCGGGCCCGAGCUCUCCUCUGCCCUGGGUGAGAGACUGUGUUCUCCAACUCGCACCAAACACUCAGUGGAGGCAAAAGAUCCUGCUUGGACUCAAUUUGUACGGCCUUGAUUUUGCAGGUCAGGGAACAGAGCCGAUCCUUGGAGGAAGGUACAUCGAGCUUUUGCGGGAACACAGGCCCAAACAUCUCUGGGAUGAAUAUGCUGGAGAACAUUAUUUCAGUUACAAGAGGAACAAUGCAGUGAAGCAUGUGGUGUACUAUCCAUCACUGAAGUCAAUCUACUUGAGAAUCUCUUUAGCCACUGAACUGGGAACAGGGAUUUCCUUAUGGGAAUUAGGACAAGGUCUGGACUAUUUCUAUGAUCUCUUAUGAGAGUUGAACUUGAUAUUGAAAACUGUUGAUCAUCAGCACAUGCUUUUUUUCUUUUCCUGAAUAUGAUGCACCAAAAGUUCAAGAGCUGUAACGCAGGUAUUAUUUUUGUUUUUCCGUUGGAGUGAGCGACAUGAACCAUUGACAGGAUUCAGUUAAUAUUAACUUGUUUGAGGUUCAUGGAAGUGUUGAGAAAUCUCAUCUAUGUGAACAAAUCUGGGAUUUGUUGACUUAAAUGAUACUAGCGGCAGACAUGAGGUACUUGAGUAUGUUGUUCUCUUUUUCAUGGAUAAUAUUGUGAAAAAAAAUUGUAUAAUUAAGUCAGGGUGCAGUAAUAUGUCAGUUCAACAAUACAGCAUGCAGGAUCAUAAUAAGUAUAAAGUUUAAAUAAAGAGCUGUACUUCUUCUGAGGCCUUCAGACUUAACGUUCCACAAACAUUGGCAGCCUCUUGUUACCCAGAAAUAAUCUGUUUUGCUCUCUGUUAAACAUUUCUGCUUUUGGAUGCAGCUUUGUUUGCUGUGAAGAUGCGUCUUUCUCCGGCUCUGAACUGACACCUGACACCCCGGGUUUUCUCUUUUUUUAAAAUUUUCAAAUCAAGA